UCCAGAGAAUGCAACUUUGUGAACUUCCCUUGAUUAAAGAACUGGACUCUAGCUACCGUACCUCCUUCUUCAUCUCUCCACAGAUGUCUGAAGCCAUGAGAAUAUUUUCCAUAAUUUUUGCUGGCCUCAUUCUUGUUGCUCAAAUGUUCCCAGCUGGGGGAAGCUUUCAUAGAAGACGGCUGUGCGCGAAACUGGAUGGUCGCUGUGAGGCGGAAUGCCUUUCCUUUGAAGUAAAGAUCGGGGGCUGCCGAGCUGAAUUAACACCUCUUUGCUGCAAAAAGAAACAGAAACAUUAAAAGCUAAGCGGCAGCUAUGACAAUUAAAAAGGGGAAGACACACACGGGAGUAGCUGUGCUGUGAGUGGGGGCAAACCUCUCUGAAUCUUCUCUUUGACCUCCAGGAUUUGGAUUUUCUGAAGUUAAGUCAGUCAACCCCAGGACUGAGCAUGCCCCAACACACUGUUGACUGACCCCAAAGAAAGAGCCUGGAAGACUUGGACAUUGGUCACUCACUUCCUCCUUGGUGGCCACGUGCAAGGAUACAAGGAAGGGCUGCACCAUGCCUAGGGCCAGGGGAGUGCAGACAGGAACUGCAGAUGCUUUGGAACUGGCCUGGCUGCACACUCCUCUAGCUCUUCUCCCUGGAGAGUGAGUUUGGACUGCACACCGAGUGCCCCUACCCAAGGACCUGACUCUAGCUUGCUUGUCUCUGAAAGCUGCCAGGGAUUAGCACUCACUCAUCCCUCAGGACCGUGGCAAACAAAGAGGUGACUGUAAGUGGGCAUGCCAACAUGUCCUGUGCCUCUUUCCCCUGGCUCAGAACAGAGUGAAGAGGCAGUGAAGUCCAACUCCUGACUUCUCUCUGCAAAGGGUCAGAUUGCACACCUAAUGUUCCAACUUUGCCAGCUACUGUCCAAGUGUCUGGUUCUAUCUCUCCUGUAUCUGGGGCGGGCAAUCAUUAGUUCUCUGGGCUCUGGGAUGGGUAUGUGGGUGUGUCUGGUAGCUUCUUCACCCAGCUUGCUCCAGCAAUAAAACCAAGACUUUAUAUUCCUUCUGGGUGAAGUUAGACCAAACUUCUAGUGCUGCCUGCCCAGAGAGCUAGCUUCCAACUCAACUGUCUCUGGGAGCUUGCGGGCCUAGCAAUCACUGGUCCUCUGGGAGUUGAAUAGGGUUGGGUGCAUUUGUCUCAACUCUUCCCUAGUACUCACACUUUUA